ACUCUAACCUAUGCUAUUUAUAAAGUAGUUUAAAUAUAUAAUAAUGAGUAGUGGAUAUACUUCAAUUGAGGCUGAUAUACCUGCAGACAGUCCCACCAAUACUAAUUCUAAUUCUAAUACUUAUAAUCCAUCAUCAUAUUCUAAUAUUCAACAACAACCAUAUACUGCUCCUGGUGUUGAACAAGUCGCACCUAAUUCAAACAUUAAUAAUGGACAAGGAAGUCAAGGUCCAACAACUUGGAUUGAAAGAUUAAAAGAAUCAUCUCAUCCAAUUGCAUUACUUUUCUUUAUAUUCUUUAGAUUAUCACCUAUCUUUAUUUAUAUAUUUGGUAAUUUAUUCUUAGGAAUAAUUACUCAAAAGAAUCGAUUUAUAUUACAUUUCAUAACAAUUAUAUUAUUAGUGGCAGCUGAUUUUUGGAAUUUAAAGAAUAUUUCAGGUAGAUUAUUAGUGGGGUUAAGAUGGUGGAAUGAAACUAAUCCAAUUCAAGGUAAACCUGAUGAAUUUGAAAAUGUUUGGGUAUUUGAAAGUGCUGAUCCUAAUCGUUAUAUUAAUCCAAUUGAUUCAAGAGUAUUUUGGGCAUUAUUAUAUGCGGUUCCUAUAGCUUGGGCUAUAUUAGGAAUCUUAGCAAUUUUGAAAUUUCAAUUCUUAUAUUUAUUAUUAAUUGUAAUUUCCUUCUCAUUAUCUUUAACUAAUGGAUUAGCUUAUACUAAAUGUGAUAAAUUUGGUAAAGCAAAUAAUUUAGCAACUGAUAUCUUUUCCAGAGCAACAGGUAGUUUAUUCAAUAGAUUGAAUCCAUUUUCUAGUUAAUUGAUUUAUAAUAUUUACAUAUAUAUGUAUAUGAUAUAACUAUAUAUAUUGAUUAGUAUUAUUCUUUGUACACC